AUGUGCAUUCAUGAAACACAUAAUACAGUGAUCAACACUGUUAGACUUCCAGGUCCGAAACCAGGUUUCGGAGGUUUUGAAGCAUCCGUGGUCCAAGCUUUAGCCGAGAACUUAGGAGUGGAAUUUGAUUAUUUAGUUCCCGACGAUGAUGGUCUUGGCAUCAGAUUUGAAAAUGGCUCUUGGACAGGUUGUCCAGGCAUGAUACAAAAGAACGAAACCGAUGUUGCAAUAGGUGCAAUGGUACAGAACUAUUGGAGUAAUCUUUUCGCUUACGCAACGGUUUCGUAUAGAGCAGGGAAUAUUCGCUUCAUCACAAAAAUGCCAGAUCCAGUUAUAAAACAUGACACGUUAAUUAAGAUAUUUGACGACGACUUGUGGUUAACUAUUCUAUUUUCUAUUAUUAUCGUUGCCUUCAUUUCCUAUUGGAUUCAUGGUAGAAAAUAUACAUUUGCUGAUCAUUGUUUUAGCAGAAUUGGGGAAUUAUUACUACAAGAACCUGUUAUAAAAAUCGGGAAAUCAUAUUCUCAAGAAUUGUUGAGUCUAUUUUGGAAUAUAGGUGCACUGUUUCUCACUUUAGCAUACAUGGCAGUUAUCCUUGGUAUUAUGAUGAUGCCCAGACGACCACCACCUCUUGAUACAGAUGAAAAGCUACUAGAUGCUGUCAAAGCAGGAAAAUAUAAGGUGAUGACUGAUUCAACAAUGAAGGUUUAUCUGGAAAAUAUGCGACAAAGUCCCCUCUCCAAAUAUACUGAGAUAGCGGACAUCAUACAAAAAAAUAACUGGAUAAUGCCGGUAAACAAAGAUACUUUUGGAUCUUUACUCAAAAAUAAUUAUGCAGUCCCAAGUGCAGUCGUUACUAGAAAACUUUAUGGUACUAUAGACCCCGAAAUGAUCCUUUCCAAAGAUUAUAUUGUCUUGGCCACUCUUUGCGGUCUUUUAUCUCGAACUUUCCCACUUAAGAGGCAGUUUGAUAAUAUUUUGACCAGAUUGGUGGAGCAUGGUAUUUACGAGAAAGACUUUGAUCAUUUCGUGUUUAUGUUUCGUUUACAACAUUACAAAAAUGUUGUUCAUGAUAAAGAAGAAUUUAGGGCUCUUGGUUUGACGGAUCUUCAAGGGACGUUUAUAUUAUUAGGCGUCGGAUUUAGCAUUUCAACAAUGGUACUGAUUUACGAAAUCGUUAAGUUUAAAAUUACUGAAGGAAAUAAGAAACGAAGUUUUGGUGAUGAAGAAGAAGAAUUUGAAACCAUUUCACAAAACGUAGGUUUCGUGGAAUGCAAUGAUACAGAUUAG